UAUCAUCAUAUUGAUACGAGACGCUUGAUCUCAACAGACCUAUACCGUACGCCGUCCUGCGCUGGCUUGCUCUCUCAAAGUCCUCCCCUUUCUUCGGCGUUAAAAACCCUCGAUUGGCGCCAUGAUCGCUCUCAAAGCUCUGCGACGCCUCUCCCCUCUCUCCAUUUCUCAAAGGAUCCUCUAUUGCCAACUCCAUGGAGGUAUAUUGUCGAGAAGAGAAGAUGAAGUUGCUUCGAUCCAUCCUAGUGCUGUUGUCCAUCCUGAUGCCGUCAUCGGAAAGGGUGUUGUUAUUGGUCCCCUUUGUACCGUUGGAUCUUAUGUGAACAUUGGCGAUUCUUGUCGACUACAUCCGGCGAGUCAUAUCAUGGGAGAUACUAAUUUAGGGGAGAAUUGCAUCAUACGAACUGGGGCUGUUGUUGGUGCAGACAUACCUGGUAAAACAAUUAUAGGGAACAAUAAUGUCAUUGGACACCAUGCAGUGGUCGGAAUAAAGUGCCAAGAUCUAAAGUACAAGCAAGAGGAUGAAAGUUCCCUACAUGUUGGUGACAAUAAUGACAUCAGAGAGUUCGUAUCUAUUCACCGAUCUUCUAAAUCAAGUGACAAAACGGUUAUUGGUGAUAACAAUCUUAUCAUGGGGUCUUGUCAUAUUGCCCAUGACUGCAAAGUUGGUAAUAACAAUAUUUUUGCCAAUGGCACUUUAUUUGGAGGACAUGUAGUAGUAGAAGAUUAUACUCAUACUUCUGGGGCUGUUGUCGUUCAUCAAUUUUGCCAUAUAGGGGCGUAUUCUUUUUUAGGCGGAGGUUCUGUGAUUUCACAGGAUGUCCCGAAGUACAUGAUGGUUUCUGGUGAUAGAGCUGAGCUUCGGGGCUUGAAUUUGGAGGGCCUGCGCCGCUGUGGAUUCUCAAGCGCUGAGGUUAGAAGCAUGAGGAAAGCUUAUCAAAAGAUUUUCAUGUGCAAUGAUGCAAAUUUAAAGGGCUUUGAAGACCGACUCUCUGAAGUGGAAGAGAAUGAAGAAUUAGCUAAAUGUCCUACUGUGCACUCUAUGGUGAAAUCUAUCCGCGAAUCUUUUGAGCAGAGUCGCCGAGGAAUUUGCAAGUUUGGGCAGUGGAGCAGUUCUUGACCAAUUGAUUAUUCAUAAUGAUAUCCUUCUCAUUGUCUGUCAACAUCACGGAAAUGUAUUUCGAAUUGAUCUUUCAAUUUUUAGGGAAUCAGCCUCUCAAAGGUUCUGCUGUUGUACACUAGAAAGCUCGACGACGGCCUUCUUUAUUGCCUGAUUUUCUCGCCAGUAUGGUUCCCCGAGGAUUCCUUGCGACAAAAAAUACUUGUUGUAAUUGUUUUUGUUGUAUUAUAUAGAGUGCUUUCAAGAGAUGUGGGCAAGAUGCAAUUAUGUAAGUUGUUUUGGUGGAAUUGAUUACCUACCAAGAAUGUGUUCUUUUUUUUUAAA